CGAAUUCCAUGGUGGUCGUGCUUAGAGCAAAAAUGAAUGUGUUUGUUGCAGUGUUUCUGUGCGUUUUGAUUGUCCGCGAAGCUCGUUUACAGUAUUCAGGAUGCCGCAAUCCCAACCAGCGUACUGGAUUUUGUGUGGAUAUAGCCCUGUGUACGCCACUGAAUUCCGGGCGGAUGGGGACCCGUUCGCAGUGGCAAUUCAUUAAAGACUCCCGUUGUUAUAGCCCGGACAAUAGGCCCUACGUUUGCUGUACUGAUGAUAUCGACUUUAAUAGAAGACCUGUUGCUCGUCCAAAUGGCGGAGUAUAUAAUUCGCAGCCACAGCAAGAUGGAGGAGUAUCUAUUUCGCUACCACAGCAAGAUGGAGGAGUAUCUGUUUCGCUACCACAGCAAGAUACUUGUGGAGGUGAUAUCGUGAACCUCCACAUUUUCGGGGGCAGGCAAACAGUUUUAGGUAAAUUUCCCUGGAUGGUUUUGCUGGAGUACCUUUACCCAGACGGAGAGGAUCUGAAACCCAAGUGCGCGGGAUCACUGAUCAAUAAUCGCUACGUUUUAACAGCAGCUCACUGCUUGAAGCCAGUCACCGGUACACUAGUCUCUGUGAGGUUGGGCGAGCAUGACACUCGUACAGGCCAGGAUUGCCAAGGAAGAAUAUGCGCACCAGGCGUUAUAACAGUGCCCAUUGAAGAGAAAUUUUCUCACGAAUCCUAUUAUGCCGGAUCCAACAAUUUUUUGCACGAUAUUGCCAUAAUCCGCUUGGCUCAUGAGGUUGCCUAUUCGCCCACAAUUCGGCCAAUAUGCCUGCCCUCCACUGUAGGCGGUGUGACAUUGCGACCGGGUCAGCAGCUGACCGUGGCAGGAUGGGGUCGCACUGAGAAUGGCUUCACAAGUCCCAUUAAACUUGAGGCCCAGGUCGACUAUUGGGCUUACGAUAGGUGUCGUAGGAGAUUCUUAUCUGAGUACAUCGCCUUGGCACCCAGUCAAAUUUGCGCCGGAGGUCAAGGUUGGGACAGCUGCGACGGGGAUUCGGGUGGACCACUGAUGGCAUACCGUCAAGGUACUUGGAUCCUGCAGGGAAUUGUUUCCUUUGGUAAAACUUAUUGCGGACAAUUAGGUUGGCCAUCGGUUUACACGAACGUUACUGUAUAUGAUGACUGGAUCAAGGGAAAAAUGAGGCCUUAAAAGGGUUAAAUUUACUCGUGGGACUAAACUAUAUAGUAAAUGAUUAUGAAUUAAAAUAAAAUAUUAUAAAAGGUU